UAAAAAAAAAAAAAAAAAAAAAAGAGAUUCUAAAAAUGGAGAUGGGGGCCAGGUAAAGCAGUGUUUUCCAAACCAUAUAUCAUGAGCCACAUAGUACAAGUAAUCAGUGUCAACCCGCACAAAAACCAGGGCGGAAAAACAUCGGAGUGCGUUACGUGUGGCAAGGGCAAGCAUUUCUCCAUGAAACUUCUGCUUUGUUUUUGUGUAUUGAGUUGUGAAGUAAAAUGUGUUUUUUAUUGUGAAUCAGACUUGGAAAAUAAAGUUUGAAAACUGCUGGCCUCCAGCGGUGGCUGAAUGGGCCUGGACUGUCUCCAGGAGUUGGCUGCCGAUUUCCUUGUGGGGGAAAACCUGGCCAACCUGGAAAGGGAAGGGACUGGUUUUCAGUGGAGAUCAGGAGGCAGCGUCAUUUUGGGAAGCUGAUGUGCAGUGUGGUACAGACAGGGACGAACAAGCCGGUUGGGCAGCAUCGUUUUGGGAAGCUGAUGUGCAGUGCGGUACAGACGGGGACGAACAAGCCAGUUGGGAAGCGGGAAGUCUGGGGACGGGGAGCUGGCCAGGGCCUGAGGUCGGCCAGGGGACAGUUCCUGUGGGCAGAGUGAGGAUGCCUAUGGCCACAUCACCGUGCAGUCUUCCCAGCGGCCCCAGAGCACAUGUUCCCACUCUCCCUACCUCUGCAGGUUUGGAUACCAUACACCUCCCACGAGGCGUGGAUCCAGCCUUCCUUCCCACCAUGGCCCAUGUUCCCAGGUGCUAGCUUCCAGUGCUCGGGCUUGCUACCCACGGGCGUCUCUCUGCUCACCACGAUGGCUGUGUCAUUUCUCUUUCAGACCUGAGGAUGGGCAUCUAUCCUCCCCCAGGCCACUGUGCCUAGCUGGCUUCCUUCCUCCAUUCCCAAAUUCCUGUUCUUCUGUCAACCUGCUUGAUGUGUUGGCGUCGCCCUGACUGCUUUCUCCUGGUGGUGCUUGCCUCAUUCCUUAACCUGUUUCAGCUUUCUCAUGUGCCUCUUCCACUUCUAAACCUUCUCAGCUGAUGAGCUGUUCCUCUUUCCAGAGACUGAAGAGGACAGGCUUUCCAGGGUCUUUACUGCCUCAGGAAUCUUGUCUUGUGCUUCCUUUCCUAAGAAGGUUGGGCCCAGGCUUAGGGAGCCCAGUUCUCCGGUGGGUGGGAGCGGGCCACACAUGUGCAAGUCCUUGGGAGGGGUUCCCAGAUCCCCCGGAAGCUGGCAUCCAGCUGCACCCACCAGUGUGUAAGAGGUCCUGGCUAAAAGGAUCUAUGGUAUGGGGCAGAUGUGCUGAUUGGUUCUUUAGUCUAAGAUGGUGGUGGUCAAUUCAUUAGAACCAGGGAACCCCCCUCUUCAACUGACUGCUCAUAAAGGUCCCUGACAGUUACAAUCAGGGGUUGCACACUGGUAGCCAGUAUGCAAAAUCAAAUGUAGCAUCACGGGGGGCUGUUUGGUUAUUGUUUCGUUUUUGGUUGUCCAUGGUUUCAUUUAAAAAUGUUUCAGUUCAUUGCCAACAUCUUAAAAUCUGCAGCUUUUACAUUAAACAUCCAGAUUUCCAGCUUCUCUUGCAAAAACGAGACGCUCUAGCAACACCGAGCCUGCCAUCCUGCUUGGCAACAAUAUGCCGAUGAUAAGUAGUGGGUUUCCAGUUUGCGCAGUCCCCACCCAUCGCUGCUGUUACCCGCGCUAAGGCCGAUAGCAGAACAGUUGCCAUUAUUCAUUUCAUUUGGAUUCCUUUUCUUAUGGUUAGGGAAAGCAGGCAAUAUUCCCUGCACCCAUGUCUAUGAAAAGAAGAAAAGUAAAAGGACCAUGCUUUAAAAAAAAAAAAAAAAAAGUUAAAAGAGUCUCUUUCUUUCUGAAAGUGAAUUUAUGUUUCCUGAAGAUUAAUCUUCUAGGUCCGGAGGUCGAUUUAGAACAGACCGUCUUUGUUUUUCUCUUGAAGUCAGUGAUUCUCAAAGUGGAGUGCCUACAUGUGCAGCAGCUGUAUCAGUUGGGGACUUGUGAGAAAUGCAGAUAGUUGGGUGGGCACCCACACCUACGGAUCCAGAAGCUCGCAGGGUGGGCCCAGCAGACCGUGUCCUAACAGCCCUUCUGAUGUGUGCUGAAGCUUGAGAAUCACCGCUCUGAUGCUCAGGGGGUGGAUAGGACGCCAGCACCUGUUAUGGUCACUUUCUUCUCUCCUUUUAAGACCCAUGGGGGAGAGAGGUGAGGCUCGCCUCGCCAAAGAGAAGUUAAGGAUCUCACUGCCGUGCUCCUCCAGGCAGAGUCGGUACCUGCGGAGAGGGCUGGAGGAGUUCUUUCAGAUUCUGAGAUCUCAGCAAAUCUCAGUCCUGUUUUUUCUAGACAAUUCAGCACUUGCAUCUGUGGGCUCCACAGAUGCCACGUUGAUGAAGAGGCCUAGUGCUUUCUACUGUUCUAGAGAGAUGGUUCCUGGGCUCCCUUCCCAUGGAGCCGGUGGCAUGUGAUCCUACAAACAAGGGCCUCUCCAGGGCGACCAAGCAUUCAGGCACUGGGGGUCCUUGGGUGAAAAUAUGCCAGUUCUUUAAAAUCAUAUUGGCAAGAGCCAGCCACGUAUGUACAUUUCAGAUCUAGCAUUGGUAACUCAGACUGCUGUUUUCAUAGAAGAUCGCUUGGCCUCCUUCAGCUUUCUCUCUGAUGGCUUUAGUUACUUUAAUGGGCAGUCCAUGUGAGCCAAGAAACCACGUCUUUUCUAAAUGUAUUUACUUGGAGGGCCCUAGGCCUGCAAAGCCAUUGAUGAUCUUUUCCCCUUGGUCCAUUUUAUUCAUUUGUGGUUUGGAGACUCCUGAGAGCAUUUAAGUAGCCCAGACCCCUCCUACGAAAAUAUAGAUAAAUGUAUGGGCAGUACUUUUGUCCCUGCCUUCUGGGUUCCCGCUCUUCCCCCGCCUUGGUGCACGGGUGACCCCAGGAAAAUAAGAAACUUACUUUCUACGUGAGCUGAAAACCCUACUCAGAGACCAGGAAGAACUCCAUCUAGCCAAUGUGUGUUUAUUGUGUACAUUUUCUGUGCCUGGGGAUGGAUUUGAGUAGGACAUAAUUGUUCUCAAGGAGCUCCCAUGCGUAAGGGAUGAAGGCCACUCAUCGCAGGCCACCCAAAGGAGAGCCGCUGCGGGGGUGAAGUGUGGCUAUGCACAGGGGAGGAGAAGCUGGGCAUGGGCAGGGGCUCAGUUGCCCAGGAGACAACCCCAAAAUGAGGAGCUUGACCGCUAGACAGAGCAAGGUGGUUCCCCUUCUGGGUUGGAGAGUUGAACCCAGGCUUCCAGAAUUCAGCCUACACAGGAGGGGCUUUCUGGUGACUGAGCGUGAGUGUGUCAGGGUGAGGACGGAGUCUGUGGCAGCCUGUACCACUUGCUCUGCAUGAGUGGACAGGGGCUGCCUUCUGGGGCUCCCAGCUCUGCCAGCUGAAAAAACUGCUCACAGCUACGCAGUGUGUGACACUCAGUUGGCAUCCUUCUAGGGUAUCAUUUCACUCAGGGGUGCUGGUCAGGGCUCUUUGCUGUGAAGAUGCUUCUCUUGGUCGUAUCCUACCCUCCCUCUUAGUCCUGUUUCUCCCCUUUGGGACCCUCCCACCAGUUAAUGAGGCCCCCCACAGGCAAUCUGCUGUUACCUUCUCCCUGAUUAUCAAUUUGACAAUUGAUCAAGGCCUUGGCAGGUCAUGGUUUCGACUGUAACUUCCACCCUGGAGGAUUUGCCUUUGGAUAUCGGAUUCCUAGACACCGCGGAGGAGCCUCAGAAGCCUGGUAUGGUCCCCCCGCCGCCGGGAGAAGAAAGCCAGACGGUCAUCCUUCCACCUGGCUGGCAAAGCUACCUGUCACCUCAGGGCCGGCGGUACUAUGUCAACACGACCACCAAUGAGACCACCUGGGAACGUCCCAGCAGUUCUCCUGGGAUUCCAGCCAGCCCUGGCUCUCACAGGAGCUCUCUGCUUCCAACAGUGAAUGGAUACCACGCGUCAGGGACCCCAGCGCACCCUCCAGAGACUGCCCACAUGAGUGUCCGAAAAUCCACCGGUGAUUCCCAGAACCUGGGAUCCUCAUCACCAAGCAAAAAGCAGAGCAAGGAAAACACCAUCACAAUAAACUGUGUGACGUUCCCUCACCCAGACACGAUGCCGGAACAGCAGCUGCUGAAACCAACCGAGUGGAGCUACUGCGACUACUUCUGGGCUGAUAAGAAGGACCCGCAAGGCAACGGCACUGUGGCUGGGUUUGAACUCCUGCUCCAGAAGCAGCUGAAAGGCAAACAAAUGCAGAAGGAAAUGUCAGAAUUCAUCCGGGAAAGGAUAAAGAUUGAAGAAGACUAUGCGAAGAACUUAGCUAAGCUCUCUCAGAACUCCUUGGCUUCUCAGGAGGAAGGCUCCUUGGGCGAGGCGUGGGCCCAGGUGAAGAAGAGCCUGGCGGACGAAGCAGAAGUUCACCUCAAGUUCUCUGCCAAGCUUCACAGCGAGGUAGAGAAGCCCCUGAUGAACUUCCGUGAGAACUUCAAGAAAGACAUGAAAAAGUGUGACCACCACAUUGCCGACCUUCGCAAGCAGCUCGCCAGCCGCUAUGCCUCGGUGGAGAAGGCCCGGAAAGCCCUCACAGAGCGGCAGAGAGACCUGGAGAUGAAGACCCAGCAGCUGGAGAUCAAGCUGAGCAACAAGACAGAGGAGGACAUCAAGAAGGCGCGGAGGAAGUCCACACAGGCUGGAGAUGACCUCAUGCGCUGUGUGGACCUCUACAACCAGGCCCAGUCCAAGUGGUUUGAAGAGAUGGUGACCACCACAUUGGAGCUAGAGCGGCUGGAGGUGGAGAGGGUAGAGAUGAUCCGGCAGCACCUGUGCCAGUACACGCAGCUGCGACAUGAAACAGACAUGUUCAACCAAAGCACAGUUGAGCCCGUGGAUCAACUGCUUCGAAAAGUGGACCCGGCCAAAGACCGGGAGCUGUGGGUCAGAGAGCACAAGACGGGCAGCAUACGCCCUGUGGACAUGGAGAUCUAGAUGGGCCUGUGCAGCUUCGGGGGGGUCCUGGUGGGGAGGGGACUGGGCUCCCACCUGGGGCCCAUGCUGAGUGGAUGCCCCCACCCUCUCUCCUGGGCCACUGAGGAGAGGGCAGAGAGCUGGUGAUUCCAGCAGGGUGACUCGGACGGCUUAGCUGGGGGCUGCCCCGCAUUCCCAGGCCCAGGAGACAGACCCACAGCCCUGCCCUUGUCUCUGAGGCUGAAGACCCCCCGAUUUCCGUGCUGUGCUUGCCGCUCUGAAACAAACGGAGGCUGGAACUUUGUGGUCCCUGCCGAGUUUUGUAGGGGUCACCGUCACAUGCUUGUGCCCUGGAAGCCCCAAGGCUCUUCCUCCAGCUGGCUCCCUUGUCUCCAGGGCUUUGGAGGAUCAGGGGAGGGAGGUCUCUGUCUCUAAGCCAGGUGUCAGGAUCAGAAUCAUGGGUAGAAGGUGCCAUUCAGCUCACAGCCGCACCCAGAAUCCUUUGCAGCCCUCCUUCUUUAUUUUUUCCCAUUGCAUUCUGGGAGUCCACAUCUGGCUUGCUCAGCCACUGUUCAUCACCAGGGGUUUUAGGAGGAAGGCUUGGCUCCUGUCUUCCCAGACCCACCAUGCCUGGAGAGGUCAGGAUGGAACUACCUCAUUCGGCAAAUUAGCCCCAAAUCGGGCGCUGCGUCAUGUGUCCUAUGAGAUCAGGCGCCGUCUGUAAAGUCUCCUCUGGAAAUGCCAAUCCAUCCUUCCCCCAGCUGCUUCCUCGGGGAGGCCCCUGCCCCCACCCUGCCCCCACCCUGCCACCCCUUCCCAGUCUCAUUAGAGGAAGCUUUCCAAAGUUCUCAGUUAUCAAGACCUCAUCCAGCUCAUCCAAAGGCUUCAGGGAUGGAAACAAACCAGCUCGUCUCAGAGGCCAGCAAGCUGGGGGGCCUGUCCGCCACUUUGCCCUCUGCACCUUUGGGCUGCCCUGGCCCCCACUCUCCCAGGCCGCCCACCACAGGCUCUUAAUGGGGCCGGGUCAGUCCUACAUGGGAGAUGGGUUAGGGCAAGUCUUUGUCAUCCCCCAGAUGGCUCUGUCUUCUUGUAUAUGGCAGGGCUGGGACUGCUGUCCCUUGUAUGGUUUUCUGUCACUGGUGGGCACUGGACAGGCAUAGCAGACUCUCUUGUGGCCACACUGGGUUGUUGCCUUUCAGACAGUGUCCCGCCACCUUUGCUUCCAGCUCCUUCUGGACGUUCCAGAGCCCUGCACCAAACCCUUACUUGGUGACGGCACCUUCUUUCCGUCUCUCCGUCUUCCAGUCCCUGGAAAAGUCUGGUCUGAGUGUGACUUGGGAAGCUUUCAGUGCUGCUGUUUGGUCCAGCUCAUUACUUUCUCCACCACUGCAAACACAUUCUCCACCAUGUCAGUCUAAAGACUCAGCCCCAAGGGCUGGGAGAAGCAUGAGCAAGGGGCAGAUUCUAGUCGGGAACCCGUACCCUGAAAAUCCAUCUCUCUCCUUCUUUGCCAUUGACCACUUUGGGUUUGACCUGCAUAUCUGCAGCGAGGGCAGAAUUCAAGAAGCACAACUUACUGGUCUUUCAGUCUUAAUGUGCUAGAAACCGAUGACUUACUAAUCUCUAAUUUUUUGGCGCCUCCAUCAUUGAAUGAGAAUUGCUUUCUUAUAGUUCGCAUUAGAAAAAUGCCUAAUAUACUAAAGUAAACCAAACAUUGUUACUUUUCUCUUGUUCUUGAAGCAUGGCAACCAAAAAGGCUGAUGCAAAGGCCUUCACCGACAUGAAGACCUCCUGGUAGGAUCUGUCCAUGGAAUUCAGAACCACUCAGUCCAGAUCUGGAGUUGGGUCAUGACACCAGCUACCAAUUUUAGAAUAUUAUUUCUUGGUUUCUUUAUGAAAAAUGGGUGCUAGUGGUAAUUGCUUUGUGGCUUAGUAAACUACUUUGUGGAUGAUUUCCAAACAUUCAAAGCCAACAGCCUUGUUAUUAACAAGGUAUUUUGAGUACAGUAUGGUUCAUUGACUCUUCCAUUUCCAUCUGAGGAUUCCAGAGUCCUCUCUUCAUCCCUGGGAUAGAGUGAGCCCUCUUGCGUCUUCCAGGGUAGCUCAAGUUGGCCCAGUUUGGGCCAGUCCAUUUUUGGAGGUCACUCUUUCCCCCUCAUCCCCUCCUUCUCUUUACCCCCUUCACGUACUUCCUUUCUUUCUUCCCUCUGUUAAUUCAUUCAUCAAGCAAGUUAAAGCCAUUGGGCUACGAUCUAAUCUGAGGACACCAUAUGGCCCUGUCAUCAGGGAAGCCCAUGAUCUCUCUUUUUCAGGGGCCUUACAAGUCAGCAACCUUGGCAUUCAUAUAUAGGUACUCUGCAGAAUUUAAGUUUUCAGAGGUAAGUCUGUUGCGCUGAUUUAUCUACGUUCAUUUGUUCAACAAAUGCUCAAGACAAGCCAGGCAUGCUGAGAAGUGGCGCUGUAGUUGUAAGAUGGGCAUUCCUCUGCUCUCCUCUAUUCUCCAUGUUGACAGGGAAGAGUAUAAUAAGAGCAUUGUGCGCUCUCCACACUUAACCCUCUGGGAUUCUUUAUUAUAAAUAUAAACUACUGUCGUGAGGCAUUUACCUAUUGGAUGGAAGGUAGACAGCAACAAGAUUUUAAUCACCUGGUCACCAGACCCUCACGGCCCAUAUCCAACUCGAAUUUCAGAAAUUUCUUUGUUUGCUUUAAAUAACUCUUUACAAAUAAGGGCUGGGCACGGUGGCUCAUGCCUGUAAUCCCAGCACUUUGGGAGGCUGAGGUGGACGGUUCACGAAGUCAGAAGAUCGAGACCACCCUGGCUAACACGGUGAAAUCCCAUCUCUGCUAAAAAUACAAAAAAUUGCCCAGGCGUGGUGAUGCGUACCUGUAGUCCCAACUACUUGGGAGGCUGAGGCAGGAGAAUUGCUUGAACCUGGUAGGUGGAGGUUGCAGUGAGCCAAGAUCGUGCCACUGCACUCCAGCUUGGGCGACAGAGCAAGACUCCAUCUCAAAAAAAUUAAAAAUAAAUAACUCUUUACAAAUAGGAAAGUGAAGCCCAAGGGUACCCAGUGAGGCUGUGAAAUGGCCAGUGAAUUAAGAGCAGGGUUGGAGUCGACAGUCCAGACCCCUGUCCGUGUGAACAGGGGCCCCUUUCUGGUUGAAAUCAAGAUUAGGAUGCAACUGAGAGAAUAAAAGACUGCACUUUGGAGUGGCAAGCACGCUCUCUGGGUUGUUGUUUUGUUUUAUGUCUUGGUGCUGAGGUGAGGACUUAGCUGGGUUUAUUCAAAGUGAGUGAGUCUGGGCUAUUCUUGAGAACCUCCAUUCCCUUUCUGAGAACAAGUCAGCCCCUUCUACCUGCCUCCACCCAAGAGACUAAUGCACAAGAUCUGUUUGUGAAAGCCUGAUUUAAAAAGAAAAAAAAAAAUCCUUAAGCCAAAUGGUGUUCCAAGUUGGUUGCCAUGAGAACCUCCAGGAAGAGCCACUUGUUACCCUCUAUUCUUUCUAGUGCUUUCCAUCAGUGGCAACAUGUAGGCCACUUGGACUGUGGAGAUGGUGGCCCUGAGAUUCUGUCAGUGGGACCAUCCUGGGCCUCCUUUCUACCUCCACUCAGCGCCCUGUUGGCCAAGGAGAAUUUCUGCGGUGGGAGGCAGUGCUCCACUGGUCAGGGUUGAUAAACAGCCAGGCACACCGCAACAGUGUACCAACGAAUUCACCAACCAGAGGUUUGUUUCCCUACUCUAUGUGAAAACCAAUCAAUUACUAGAUGAGUGGAUGGAUGCGUAAAAAUCUGGGCUGAGCCAAAGUCCCUUUUGGAAAUACAAGCCAUGAAAUUCGAAGGACAUGAGAGACCUUGGCUUGUUUAGGUGAUUUUACUUCCAGCUGCAGGUAGUCUUGACAAGGAGCGUAUAGACAGAAGGCUAGAGAUGUACUCCUUGUGUAGGUAGGAGAGAGUACUUCUCAUGUUAAGUGGGGUACAGAUCGGCUGCCCGCCCACAGAUUGGCUGAUAGCCUGGAUAUCGUCUUAUCCCCAUAAUCCUUCCAUCCCUAUAAGGCCCAUUGCCACCACCUUUUCCCAGGUUUUUUGAGGUAUGAUUGACAUCCAGUAAAAUUCACCCUUUGGAAAUAUACAGUUCUGUGAAUUUUGACAAAUUUAUUGUCUUGUGAUCAUCACCAAGAUCAACCUGUUUUUAUCACUCCAAAAAAUUCCCUCCUCCUGCCCUCUUUUCCUGGCAACCCUGAUUGAUUAUCUGAUCCUAUAAUUUUGCCUUUUCUAGAAUGUCAUAUAAAUGGAGUCACACUGAUGUAGCCUUUUGAGUCUGGCAUCUUUCCCUCAGCUUAAUGGUUUUGAGUCAUUCACGAUGUAUGUGUGAUUUGUUCCUUCUCGUUGCCAGGAAGUAUUUCAUUGCAUGGAUGCACUACUCUGCUUCUUUAUUUUUACACUGAGCCGUUUGCCCUGGAAGUUCUUGGCCCAGGGUCUUCAGCUUGUUUGCACGACCACUUCCAGCUUGCUGCUUCCUUCAGCUCCCCAGGCUCCUCCUCCAAAUGCCAGCUGUGCCCACAAGCUGUUCUUAGAGCUCACCUUCGCCUUUUUGGCUCGUGGUAGGUUUUUGGUAGUACAGAAAGAAGCCAGGGAUGGGAGGGGAAGGGAUGGAUGGGUGCUCAAUUGCUGCUCACGUCUGCUGCAACCUGAAGCCUGCAUCUCAGCCAGUAGAUCUGCUCCCUUCUGGGACCCAGGCUUCAGUGUCACAUGGUCCUUGGCGUGUAUUGGGCGUUGGGGGCUUGGAAAGGUGGGCAGCAACAGCAUGGACAAGAAGGCUGGGGCUGGCCCUGGGGCUUAUCAUGAUGCUUUCCUGGAUCUGUUGCUUCAUCUGCAAGCUGAGGGUGUGUGUUCUAGAUGAGUGUCUCAGGCCACCGGCAACUGCGUGUACCUCCUCCCCUUCUCGUUUCCAAUGAUGUACCCUGUACACGUGUUCAUGCUGUCUCUGGCUCUCAUCUGCACAGUCGUGCAUAGAAUUGCCUCAAGUCCUGGUGAGAGAGAGAGAGAGAGACGCCCUGGCACUUUUCCAGUAGCUAAAAUUAAGAGUUUUAUGAGCUGUUAAGAAUGAGGUAGUUUCUCCUAGGACCCCCAAAGAAAGUGCAAGUAAUGACCUUCUGAAGGUUGGGUCUCCUUCACCAAUCUUGGAUAGUAUGUUCUGGAGUCCGCUCCCCAGGAACCAGGACAGGUGUGCAGAUGGAGUCUUUGCUGCAGCUGGAGCCUUGCUCCGCUGGUGGUCACAGAGCCUGGCCUGUGCCUGCACCCCACUGGAUGGUGGUAUGUGGUGGCAGGGACAGGACCACAUCCAGCUAAGGCCAGACCGGGCUGAGUGUGACCUCCGAGGUAGACAAUCCUCUAAGCUAUGUCUUGUUCAUGCCCCCUGCUCAGUGGAAGGUGAGCCCCGAGACCAGUUGGGUACCUCUCUAUGCGAACCAGAGACAUUUCUGGAUCCAGAGCAGGUGAAGAUUAGGGCCAGGAAGCCUGAGCUCCCGGGUCCUCAAGGUAGGGAGCCAAGGAGGCUGCCAGGACUCUGCUGGGUGGAAUUUUGCCAGGGAGGACUCUUGUCUCCCUCUCAGGAGUAUUUCCGUUGAGGCUUUCCUGGAGGUGAAGAAGUAAUUCCCGUUGCAGCAGGUUAGAGCGAGAAUCAGACAGCAAAAACCAGUUCGCUUCUCCCCACGUUCUAAAUGCCGGGACGUGGCUGUCAGGAGGCUUUGCUGGAAGGUGUCUCUGGGGGUGACGUGAGCUUGGGGUGAUGGCCUUUGGAGAUUGCGUGUGGUGUUCGGGACUGUUCCUUGGUGUUUGAGGGAAACUUUAGUGAGAUUGCAGUGGAAUGUAAAGAGGUCAGGGCACGUGGGUGCUCUCUCAGGGUGGGGUGACUUGGAGACCUAGAGGGAAAGCCUGCUAUGCAGCGGGAGGGCACAGGACUGGCCUUGCUCUGCUGCCUCCUUUGUCCUAUAACCUGAAGUUAAGUCACAUCCCCUGUUGGGACUUCCAUGCACUCAUCUGUCAAGUGGGGAUACCUCCCUUCCAGCAUCACCCGCAUCAGACGGGCUGUCGGGAGUCGUGGGUUCCAGGCAGCUGUGUGGACCCAGGGACAGACAUUCAAAGGGACGCCAGCCAUCCUUGGUGACAGGGGCCCCAACUUAGCAUCCCUUCCCUUCCCUUAAGAAGGAGAUGAGCAGAGAGAACCCCUUCACAGACACGAGCACAUCGGCAAACCCUAUGAGAGUGGAAUUUUCUAACAAAAUAAACUUGCUUGUUUGAUCUGUUUUCUGUAACUUUUGCUAAAUACUUUAUACAUUUUUCAUGUUAAAGAGCUGUGUCUCCCGCCAGCACUUCUCACCCCGGUAUGAAUGUGUGUCCUCCACAUUGUAUAUCCUUCCACCCUCUGGCUGCCUAGAUCAGUAAAUAAAAUUGAUGUAAUAUAAUUUAUAAGUAACACUGUUGAAACCCUGAUCCCAGUGGAGGCUGUAACCCACCUGCCCCCGCCCCACUCCAACCCCUGUUAUCGCAUUUGUGUGUAUUAAUGCUGAAGAAUUAAAUGUUUAAAGAGUUUAAAUUUUGAAGGCGUUUGCUAUAUACAGUUGUCCUGCAUUAUUAUAAAGAGUUUUCAGGAAGUUAAA